UCUUUUUUUUUUUUUUUGGGACAAUUAUGAUAAACCCAAAAAGAAGAUAGUACAAGUAAGCCAAGUUUGUUUUUUGGGGGGGCCCAAUUAACUACUGAGACCAUCUCCAAUCCUCCAUCUUUUGUUUCAUCAAAUUUAAAUUUGAUGAAAAACAGUACAAAACUGGUUGUUCCAACGCUUCAUUUUUUGUUUCAUCAAAUUGAAGAUAUCUCAAAUUUUUCAUCAUAUUGAGAAUGUUGGAACCUUUCACCAAAUUACUGUACACAGCCAUUAGCUCUUGAGCAUCGGACGACCAGCCAGAUGUCCCCCUAGUUGACCACCUCCUUGCAAAAAAUUUUGAAAAAUUUACACUGGCCGGUCAUCCCCCGAUCCUCCUUCCGGUCAACCGGUGGUUUGAUGAAAUCCCAAAUCGCUCCAUUGGAAAGCGAGAUAUCAGAUCAAGCCACUUUUUAUCAAAUUUAAAUGAAAUUUGAUGAAAAUUGAGUAAAGCUUUGGAGCCACUCUAAUCAGUGGUAACUACUUGCCAACACCUAUAAUAAACUGGAAUCCAUAUUCACAAAUGUUACGUACCUAAACGAACAAGCAAACAAACAAAAAAACCUAAAAGAGUGCCAAGAAUGUGUAGAUUUAAAAUCAUAUUAUGGGUGUAGCACACAGUGCACAAAAGUUCAAAUGUACAGUUUAAAAUCAAAUCCUGAACGCUUUUCUGGGUAUUUUUUCUUGGAUAUGCAUUAUGGUCGAGAUUCAUCAAAACUCUAAUCCAAAAUGUCAAAUUUCACACGGUUUUGCUCUAAUGGUUUCUGGCAUGGAUGCCUUCAAAGACAGGGUAACUCGGUUGGAAAAUCUUGUUGGUGACCCUGCUGAUGAGAAUAUCUCGCUGGCGGAUCGAUUGGAUGCUGUGGCCUCAAGGUUUCUUGCCCUUGAGACCUCGACAGCAGAUCGGUUCAAAGACGUGCUGACAGAUGUGCUAGCCAUUUCGGAUUCUUGGAAAGACAAGUUUCAAGAAGUUGUGGAUGAACUGUCCCUUCUGAAGAAAGCCAUUUGUGGGCAUACGAAUUCUGAAAAGGCUCCUUCGAAAAUCAAAGUUCCCGACCUUAAAGCUUUUGGCGGAAAUCGAAGUGCGAAAGAACUUGAGAAUUUUCUAUGGGACAUGGAGCAGUACUUCAAGGCUGCUCAUGUGCCUGAAGGAGAGAAGGUUACAAUCACAAGCAUGUACCUUACUAGUGAUGCUAAACUUUGGUGGCGUACUCGUGUCGGGGAUUAUGCUCGGACAGAGAUCUCAACUUGGGAUACUCUUAAGAAGGAAAUGAAGGAACAAUUCCUUCCGUGGAACACAUCUUGGGUUGCAAGGGACGCCUUGAAACGGUUGAAGCAUGCUGGAUCGGUGAGGGACAAUGUGAAAGAAUUCAGUUCUUUGAUGCUGGACAUCAAAAACAUGUCGGAGGAAGAUAAACUCUUCAACUUUAUGUCUGGGUUGCAGAAUUGGGCCCAGUUAGAACUUCGAAGACUCGGUGUCAAAGAUUUGCCCUCUGCCAUGGCUGCUGCAGACGGGUUGCUUGACUACAAGUUAAGCAAGGAACCCACUACUGAAACCAGCAAAUCCAAGAAGAAAGGAAAAGAGAAGACGGGAGAUCAGAAGUCUGGUUUCAAGAAGAGGAAAGAGGAUUCCAAGUACAAACAUAAGGGGGAUUCUUCCCAGACCAACGGUGGGAAAUCUAACAAAGGGUGUUUCAUCUGUGAUGGACCCCAUAGAGCGAAAGACUGUCCCAAGCGUGAGAAACUGAACGCUAUGGUCGCAGAAGAUGGCAAAGGCAAGUCGGAUUCUAAGGGGCCAACUAGGGUAAAUCCCUUACAAUUGCUCAAUGCAAUUCAUGUGGACAAAGCCCCUACUACUGAUCUAAUGUACAUCAAGGUGACAUUGGCGGGUAUUGACAUUGCUGCGACAGUAGACACCGGUGCCACGCAUAACUUUAUGUUAGAAAAAGUUGUGCAGACCCUCGGAUUGCAAGUUACCCAAAGCGCCAGUCGAAUCAAGGCAGUGAACUCAGCGGCUCAAUCGGUACAAGGAAUGGCUUCCAAAGUAUCAACCAUAGUUGGAGAUUGGACUGGGCGGGUUAACUUGAUGGUGGUUCCUUUGGAUGAUUUCGAUGUCAUCUUAGGAAAUGACUUCUUUGUGACUGCAAAAGUGGCUUUAAUGCCAUAUUUAGGUGGGAUACUUAUUUCGGAUGAAGACAAGCCUUGCUUUGUCGCUGGUUGCAGUAAAUCAGACAAAGGCAAGGGCACAAAGAGGAAGACGGGGACCCUCUCAGCCAUUCAAGUGCACAACGGUUUGAAAAAGGGUGCAGAGACUUAUCUUGCUGCCUUGGUGGAAAUCAAACCUGAUCUGUUAGUAGAAGUGCCGGAUGAAGUGGUAGAAGUAUUGAGGGAAUUUGAGGAUGUGAUGCCUCCGGAGUUGCCAAAGUCCCUUCCUCCUCGGCGUGCCACUGAUCAUAAGAUUGAGUUGAUUCCGGGUGCGAAGCCUCCAGCAAAGGCACCCUACAGAAUGUCCCCAAUGGAACUUACGGAGUUGCGAACGCAAUUGACAGACUUAUUGGAUGCUGGACUGGUUCAGCCAUCCAAAGCCCCUUACGGUGCCCCGGUGCUUUUUCAAAAGAAGCAAGAUGGAAGUUUGCGCAUGUGUGUGGACUAUCGGGCUCUCAACAAAGUGACUAUAAAGAACAAGUAUCCAGUCCCUUUGGUGGCAGACCUGUUCGAUCGACUGUGCAAAGCCACUUACUUCACAAAAUUGGAUUUACGUGCUGGUUAUUGGCAAGUUCGAGUGGCUGAAGGAGACGAGUCAAAGACCACCUGUGUUACAAGGUAUGGGUCUUUUGAGUUCCUAGUAAUGCCGUUUGGGUUAACAAAUGCCCCGGCUACAUUCUGUAAUCUUAUGAACGAUGUAUUUAAUGAUUAUGUCGAUCAGUUCGUUGUCGUUUAUUUGGAUGACAUUGUAAUAUAUAGUGAGUCCCUAGAGGAUCACUUGUCCCAUCUUCGGAAGGUGUUCUCUCGGUUACGAGAACACCAGUUGUAUGUCAAGAAGGAAAAAUGCGAGUUUGCCCAACGGGAGAUUAAGUUCUUAGGGCAUGUAAUUUGUAAAGGCCACGUAAAGAUGGACAACAGAAAGGUGCAUGCAAUCACGGAUUGGCAAGCACCAAGCAAAGUGACUGAGUUGCGUUCCUUUUUGGGUUUAGCCAACUAUUAUAGAAAAUUCAUUGAGGGAUACUCAAAGAAGGCAGCACCUCUAACAGAUUUGCUCAAGAAAGACAGACCCUGGAAGUGGGAUGAAAGUUGUCAAGCGGCCUUUGACAAAUUGAAAGUGGCUGUUGCAAGUGAACCGGUUUUGCGGUUACCUGAUUUUGAACUUCCAUUCGAAUUACACACUGAUGCCUCUGAUAAGGCUAUUGGCGGUGUGCUGGUGCAAGAGGGGCACCCGGUUGCGUUCGAAAGUCGGAAGCUGAAUGAUGCGGAGAAGAAGUAUUCUGCCCAUUGGGACAUGGAGCAGUACUUCAAGGCUGCUCAUGUGCCUGAAGGAGAGAAGGUUACAAUCACAAGCAUGUACCUUACUAGUGAUGCUAAACUUUGGUGGCGUACACGUGUCGGGGAUUAUGCUCGAACAGAGAUCUCAACUUGGGAUACUCUUAAGAAGGAAAUGAAGGAACAAUUCCUUCCGUGCAACACAUCUUGGGUUGCAAGGGACGCCUUGAAACGGUUGAAGCAUGCUGGAUCGGUGAGGGACAAUGUGAAAGAAUUCAGUUCUUUGAUGCUGGACAUCAAAAACAUGUCGGAGGAAGAUAAACUCUUCAACUUUAUGUCUGGGUUGCAGAAUUGGGCCCAGUUAGAACUUCGAAGACUCGGUGUCAAAGAUUUGCCCUCUGCCAUAGCUGCUGCAGACGAGUUGCUUGACUACAAGUUAAGCAAGGAACCCACUACUGAAACCAGCAAAUCCAAGAAGAAAGGAAAAGAGAAGACGGGAGAUAAGAAGUCUGGUUUCAAGAAGGGGAAAGAGGAUUCCAAGUACAAACAUAAGGGGGAUUCUUCCCAGACCAACGGUGGGAAAUCUAACAAAGGGUGUUUCAUCUGUGAUGGACCCCAUAGAGCGAAAGACUGUCCCAAGCGUGAGAAAUUGAACGCUAUGGUCGCAGAAGAUGUCAAAGGCGAGUCGGAUUCUGAGGGGCCGACUAGGGUAAAUCCCUUACAAUUGCUCAAUGCAAUUCAUGUGGACAAAGCCCCUACUACUGGUCUAAUGUACAUCAAGGUGACAUUGGCGGGUAUUGACAUUGCUGCGACGGUAGACACCGGUGCCACGCAUAACUUUAUGUCAGAAAAAGUUGUGCAGACCCUCGGAUUGCAAGUUACCCAAAGCGCCAGUCGAAUCAAGGCAGUGAACUCAGCGGCUCAAUCGGUACAAGGAAUGGCUUCCAAAGUAUCAACCAUAGUUGGAGAUUGGACUGGGCGGGUUAACUUGAUGGUGGUUCCUUUGGAUGAUUUCGAUGUCAUCUUAGGAAAUGACUUCUUUGUGACUGCAAAAGUGGCUUUAAUGCCAUAUUUAGGUGGGAUACUUAUUUCGGAUGAAGACAAGCCUUGCUUUGUCGCUAGUUGCAGUAAAUCAAACAAAGGCAAAGGCACAAAGAGGAAGACGGAGACCCUCUCAGCCAUUCAAGUGCACAACGGUUUGAAAAAGGGCGCAGAGACUUAUCUUGCUACCUUGGUGGAAAUCAAACCUGAUCUAUCAGUAGAAAUGCUAGAAGUGUUGAGGGAAUUUGAGGAUGUGAUGCCUCCGGAGUUGCCAAAGUCCCUUCCUCCUCGGCGUGCCACGGAUCAUAAGAUAGAGUUGAUUCCGGGUUCUAAGCCUCCAGCAAAGGCACCCUACAGAAUGUCCCCAAUGGAACUUACGGAGUUGCGAACGCAAUUGACAGACUUAUUGGAUGCUAGACUGGUUCAGCCAUCCAAAGCUCCUUACGGUGCCCCAGUGCUUUUUCAAAAGAAGCAAGAUGGAAGUUUGCGCAUGUAUGUGGACUAUCGGGCUCUCAACAAAGUGACUAUAAAGAUAAAGAACAAAUACCCAGUCCCUUUGGUGGCAAACCUUUUCGAUCGACUGUGCAAGGACUUCACAAAAUUGGAUUUACGUGCUGGCUAUUGGCAAGUUCGAGUGGCUGAAGGAGAUGAGUCAAAGACCACAUGUGUUAUGAGGUAUAGGUCUUUUGAGUUCCUAGUAAUGCCGUUUGGGUUAACUAAUGCCCCAGCUACAUUCUGUAAUCUUAUGAAUGAUGUAUUCAAUGAUUAUGUCGAUCAGUUUGUUGUUGUUUAUUUGGAUGAUAUUGUAAUAUAUAGUGAGUCCCUAGAGGAUCACUUGUCCCACCUUCGGAUGGGGUUCACUCGGUUAAGGGAACACCAAUUGUAUGUCAAGAAGGAAAAGUGUGAGUUUGCCCAGCGGGAAAUUAAAUUCUUGGGGCAUAUAAUUUGCAAAGGCCACGUGAAGAUGGACAAUAGAAAAGUGUAAGCAAUCAUGGAUUGGCAUGCACCAAGCAAAGUGACUGAGUUGCGCUCCUUUUAGGGUUUGGCCAACUAUUAUAGAAAAUUCAUUGAGGGAUACUCAAAGAAGGCAGCACCUCUCACGGAUUUACUCAAAAAAGACAAACCUUGGAAGUGGGAUGAAAAUUGUCAAGCGGCCUUUGACAAGUUGAAAGUGGCUGUUGCAAGUGAACCGGUUUUGCGGUUACCUGAUUUUGAACUUCCAUUUGAAUUACAUACUGAUGCCUCUGAUAAAGCUAUUGGUGGUGUUUUGGUGCAAGAGGGGCACCCAGUUGAAUUUGAAAGUCGGAAGUUGAAUGAUGCGGAGAAGAAGUAUUCUGCCCAUGAAAAAGAAAUGACAGCGGUGGUACAUUGUCUUCAGAUUUGGAGAGUUUACCUGUUGGGAACCAAAUUCAUGGUAUUGACGGACAAUGUGGCAAAUACCUUCUUCAAAACACAAAAGAAGUUGUCUCCAAGGCAGGCCAGAUGGCAAGAAUUCCUUGAGGAUGACUUCGAAUGGCGACACAAACCUGGACGCCACAACCAGGUUGCUGAUGCUUUGAGUCGGAAGGAAAUUGUGGACUACGUUGCUACGAUAUCAAACAUUGAAACUCAAUUGUUGGAAAGAAUUCGCAGUGCUGCAAUUGAUUCUGAAUAUCGAAGGCUAGUUCAGCAAGUGAAAGAUGGCACUGUGCGUCGCUAUUGGUUGGAAAACGAUCUACUCCACGACAAAGGAGAUAGACUAUAUGUCCCUAGUGUUGGUGGACUAAGAUUGGAGUUGCUUAGAGAAACUCAUGAUCCGCAAUGGGCGGGUCAUCCCGGACAACAACGCAUGAUGGCUUUACUGUCUCGUUCCUACUGCUGGCCAAAAAUGGAGGAUGAUGUAGAGGCCUACGUCAAAACUUGCCUGGUGUGCCAAUUGGAUAAGAUAGAAAGAAAGAAGGCCGCUGGAUUGCUGCAGCCGUUGCCUAUUCCAACGAAGCCAUGGGUGUCUGUUUCCAUGGACUUCAUAUCCGGGUUGCCAAAGGUGAACGGUAUGCGUUCUGUUAUGGUUGUUGUUGAUCGUUUCUCUAAAUAUGCUGUAUUUAUCCCUGCCCCUCAUGCUUGUCCCACCGAUGUUGCGGCAGACCUUUUUUAUAAGUAUGUGGUGAAAUACUUUGGUUUGCCCGAGGAUAUUGUUAGUGACGGGGAUACCCGGUUUACGGGACAAUUUUGGACGGUGUUAUUCAACUUGAUGGGAUCCGAAUUAAAGUUUUCUACAGCAAAUCAUCCUCAAACGGAUGGACAGACCGAGAGAAUGAAUGCUUUGCUGGAAGAAUACCUCCGACAUUAUGUGACUGCAAGUCAGAGGAAUUGGAUUGACCUGUUGGAUAGUGCCCAAUUUUGUUAUAAUCUGCAUCGGUCAUCUGCCACAGGAAUGAGUCCAUUUGAAUUAGCCAUGGGGCAGCAGCCCCUCACUCCGCAUGAAGUGGCAAGGACUGGCUCUGGGGGUAGAUGUCCCGCAGCAUACCGGUUUGCAAGAGCUAAACAAGACAUGCUAGAUGAAGCACAAGACAGUUUGGCUAAGGCAAGCAAGCGGAUGAAAAAGUAUGCUGACAAAGGGCGAAGACCCUUGGAAUUCAAAGUGGGAGACAAGGUGCUGCUGAAACUUACUCCACAGAUUUGGAAAAAGAUAAGUAGCAAGACAGCGCACCGAGGCUUAGUUCCAAAAUAUGAUGGACCCUUCGAAAUUCUAAAACGUGUGGGAAAUGUUGCUUACAGGCUGAAAUUGCCUGACCGGUUGAAGAUUCACCCUACAAUCCAUGUUAGUUUCCUGCAACCUUAUCAUGAGGAUCAGGCAAACUUAACACGGACGCAAGCUCGACGCGCCCAUCCGGUGAUCAAAAAACAGUUUGACAAAGAAGUGGAACGAAUUCUGGACCACAAGACAGAGGGGCAAAGCAAGAAAAAUCGAAGAACUCAUUACUUGGUUAAGUGGAAGGGUUCUACUGAAGCGGAUGCGAGUUGGGAAAAGGAUGCGACUCUAUGGCAGUUUGAGAAAAAAAUUACAGACUACUUAGAGGCCUUACCGACGAGGACGUCGGCUUCUUCUGGUGGGGGUGGUUUACCAAGACUUACAAUUUCGUGGGUUAACUCAGGAGGGUUCAAAAGGCUGAAAUGGAUAGGCAAUUCAUGGCAGUUCCUUGGCAUAAUGCAAAGCUGGCAGACAGGACAGUUUAUAGCAGUUAUGCUUGCACAAAGUCAGGACAAAGCUUGCUAG